CGCAAGCACAGAUCCAAAACAUUCCAAGGCACCUUCCACGUAGCCGCCAUCCGCAGAGGCUGCCUUCACCACUUUCCCAUAGCUUUGUCUCUCCUUUAUUCCUCCUGCAUCCCCGCCCACCAUGGUCCGUCUGCGAGAAAUUCCCAGAACGGCCACCUUUGCCUGGUCGCUGGGGCCCAAUCCGCCAUUAAUCGCUACGGGAACCAAAGCCGGGGCUGUGGAUGCAGACUUCUCCAACGAUACGACACUGGAGCUCUGGGAGCUUGAUUUGGAUGGCGUUGAUCGGGGUAUCGAGCUCCAGCCUGUCGCAACCAUCAAUGCUGAUUCAAGGUUCAACGAUAUCGCCUGGAGCCAACCGAGCGAGCAGUAUCCAAGGGGCAUAAUAGCAGGUGCAUUAGACAGUGGGGCAUUAGUUCUGUGGGAUGCUGAGAAGCUACGGGCUGGCGCAAGCGAUGCUGUUAUCGAGCAAAUCAACAAGCACACCGGCCCUAUCCAAGCGAUUCAAUUCAACCCAAUCCGCCCACACAUCCUAGCCUCAGCGGGGGCCAAAGGAGAGCUGUACGUGCACGACCUCGACGACCAAUCCAAGUCCUUCCGACUGGGAAAGGCCGGUGCUAACCCAGACGAGUACACGACGUUGGACUGGAACAAGAAGGUCGCCCACAUUCUGGCUACUGGGAGCGUUGGGGGCUUUGUCACUGUUUGGGACGUUAGGGGCAAGAAAGAGAAUCUCACACUGAACAAUUUUGGAAGGAGAUCCGUCAGCGCAGUCUCAUGGGACCCGGAUGUUCCCACGAGAUUGGUCACGUCUAUUCCCUCUGACCAGAACCCUCUGGUUUUGGUCUGGGACCUCCGAAACUCGAAUGCGCCGGAGAAGACCCUCCAAGCACAUGACCAGGGUGUGCUUUCUCUGUCUUGGUGUGUUCAGGACAGUGAUCUCCUUCUAUCUUGUGGUAAGGACAAUCGUACCAUUGCGUGGAACCCGCACACGGGCGAAUGUCUCGGGGAAUUUCCUGUUGUAACGAACUGGACCUUCCAGACCAGGUUCAACCCAAUGAACCCAAAUAUUCUGGCAACAGCAUCCUUCGAUGGUAAGAUCGCUGUGCAGACCCUCCAAAAUACAGGAUCUGGAGGUGACCAAGCGAAAUCUACCUCGCAGGCCUUGGAUGGCGAGGACUUCUUCUCCAAGACCCAUGUCGAGCCCCAGGGCGCUUCUUUCUCACUCCAGAAGCCUCCCAAAUGGUUGAAGCGACGGGCAGGUGUCUCAUUCGGUUUUGGAGGAAAACUAGUUAGGUUCGGUGUGGUAGAUUCCAAGUCAAAGAUCACCAUAUCGACGUUUGCCGUGGAUUCCGAAAUAGGAUCCGCGAGUGAAGCGUUUGACAAAGAGCUGCAGACAGGCGACCUCAUAGCUAUCUGCGAAUCUAAGAUCUCGAAAGCAACCACCGAAGAAGAGAAGGCGGACUGGACAGUUAUCGAGACUCUGAUAUCCGAGAAUCCCCGAAGGAAACUUGUCGAAUAUCUUGGUUUUUCGGGCAUCAAGACCCAAGCGCCUGUGGUAGCCCCAAAAGAGGAGCCCGUUGAAGCAAAUGGAACAGCUAGCACCGAUGAAGGUGCUUCGUUCUUCGAUCAGCCCGAUACUGGGGACAAUUUCCUCUCCGACUUGGCAUCAUCAAAGGGCGCAAAGACCAACAACCCCUUCCAGAUGUACACCGGCUCUGAAUCAGAGGCUGACAAAAGGAUUACUCAGGCCCUCAUGCUAGGAUCUUUCGAUGCCGCAUUGGAUAUCUGCUUAAAGGAGGACAGGCUGUCUGAUGCCUUCAUGAUUGCCAUCUGUGGUGGGGAGAAAUGCAUCGAGAAGGCACAAGCCGCUUAUUUCAAGAAGCGAUCAGAUGGACCCAACUAUCUGAGGUUACUUGCCUCGGUUGUCGGGAAGAAUCUGUGGGAUGUCGUUUACAAUGCUGACCUCAACGACUGGAAGGAAGUAAUGGCCACGAUAUGCACGUUUGCGGACGCAGUGGAAUUCCCUGACCUUUGUGAGGCUCUCGGCGACCGCCUCGAAGAGGCCAUCUCCGGGGAAGCAAGCUCUUUCCGGAAAGAUGCGUCAUUCUGCUAUCUGGCGGGUUCAAAGCUGGAAAAGGUCGUUGUCAAUUGGACGCAAGAGCUUCAGGAACGCGAGGCUGCUGGUGUAGAGCAGUUGACGAAUGACACUGGCUUCUCCAUCCAUGCACGUUCGCUGCAAGACUUCAUCGAGAAGGUCACAGUCUUCCGGAAAGUCACCAAUUUCAAAGAUGCUGAGCAGCAGAAGGGUUCCGAUUGGAAGCUCAGCCCACUAUAUGCGAAGUAUGUUGAGUAUGCCGAUGUUGCGUCUGCUCACGGCCAACUGUCGAUUGCGGAGAAGUACCUAGAUCUUCUUCCUGAGAAAUACCCUGCUGCCGACGUAGCUCGGAAUCGGAUCAGACAGGCAACGAGGAAAGCCGCACCCAAAGCUACUGCUGCUAUUCCCCAGAGACAGACACAGACCACUACUGCUCAGCGACCUUCACGUGUCGUACCAACAUACCAACCUCCUGGAACUACCUCAGCGCCCGUGCAACCACAGACAACCUCUCCAUACGCCCCAACUGCAAAUCCUUUGGCCGCGCAGCCCGCAGCUCCAGGUUACCUUCCUGCAAAUGCACGAGACCCUUAUCGUCCUGCUGGCUAUCAACCUUCUCAUACAUCAAUCCCUACCCCCGGAUAUCCUGGCUAUCAGCCGCCACAGCCACAACACCAUCCCAUAGCACCUCCGCCACGUAACUUUUCGAGCUCUCCGUCAGUCCCACCUGCCGCAAAGCGGAACGAUAUCACAAACUGGAACGACACCCCCGAUUUUGGACCUCCAAAACCGACAUCUCGUCGGGGCACACCCAGUCUCCAAAAUGCGAUAAGUUCUCCCUUCCCCAGUCAACAGAACAUUGCAGCUCCUCCACAGGGACCCCCUCAACCAGGUGUGUCGCCAGCGUAUCCUGUCUCAAGACCGACUCCACCUCCUCCCCCGAAAGGGCCGCCACAGGGCCCUCUUCGAACAUUCUCGCCACCAACUGUGUCGACCCAGAAUGACGGACGGCCAUCGUCAUCUGCUGCGAGCCAUUACGCCCCGCCGCAGCCAAGCACCUUUGCUCCUCCCCAACCAACAAUGAUUCCGCGGGGGGCUUCACCGUACAACCCUCCACCCGCUGGAGCACCUCCAUCAAAUCGCUAUGCCCCCGCUCCUAGCGCACAGCCUUCAGCAACUAUGGGCAGUAUGGCACCACCGCCUCGUCAAAUUGCCCCUCCGCCAAAUCCGUAUGCCUCAGGUUCUUAUGCUUCACCUCCGCCACAAGUUGCUCAGCCUCAAACCUCAGGACCGCCACCGGGCUUUGCACGACCAGGUCCCCCCCAAGCACCACCACAAGGUUCUCCACAAGGCCCUCCUCGAAGUGGCCCUCCACAAAGUGGUCCGCCGAGGCCCGAGUCUCGACCUGGCACUGCUCAGUCUCAGAAAUCCGCUCCUGCUGCGUCAAAACAUCCUGCGGGUGACCGAUCCCAUAUUCCGCCAUCAGCUCGCCCAAUCUACGAGAUCCUCAACGCGGAUAUGCAACGUGUCAAAUCCCGAGCACCUGCGCAGUACAAGCAACACAUAGCAGACACGGAGAAACGUCUUAACAUCCUCUUCGAUCAUUUGAACAAUGAGGAGCUGUUGAAACCUGAUACUAUCCAGGAGAUGAACGAGUUGGCGGGUCAUCUUCAGGCGAGGCAGUAUGAUGACGCAAUUGCCCUGUUCACGGAUUUGAUGACAAAUAAGACGGAUGAGGGGAGUAAUUGGAUGGUUGGUGUUAAGAGGUUGAUUCAAUUCAGCAAAAGCACGCCUGCUUAGAGUGGUGGAUUGGGCCAUGGCAAGUGUCCUUGCGUCCUGGUAUGUCAGGCUUUUUUGGGAUGAUCCGAUGGUCAGCGGCUUCGAAUGUUGGGUUUGGUGCGUACGGAUAGCUUGGGACAGUGGAUACACGGUUAUGAGAUGGUAAAAGUGCAAUGAGAAGUGUAGACUACAGGAU